AAGUAUCAUAUCAUAUAGACAGAUGCAGAAUAAGAAUCUGCAUUUCUCUUUUUGUCAUUAUAACAUAUGAUAAAAUUAAACAUAAAUUGUUUCAUGAAUAUUGUUCUUUAUCGAAUCCGUCUCAGGAAUUCAUCACUAUCACAAUAAAACCCCCAUAAAAGCAUAAAGACUGAUUAACUAGACUGGUAUAUAAGCACCCAAACAUCAUAAUCAUCAUCUAUAUCAAUAAUGCCAUGUGUACAAAACACCUCAAGGGAAUUCCUACUCGAAGAGAUAGUCAUGUUAAAUUUUCGAGCAUAUAUCAUUCCAAUACUCAUUGUCAUCGGGAUUAUAGGCAAUAGUUUUGUUAUCAAUACAUUCAAUUCAAUGCAAAAGUUACAACCAUCUCGUUUCAAUAUAUAUGUAAUAUGGAUUACAGCAUUUCAAAUUAUCGAUUUAAUUAUGAAUACCCUGUUGGAUGAUUUUCUUGGCCGUGGUUUAACCUGGGCAAGUGAUUGUACUAUAUUUAUCAAACUUGACACAUUGUCAUCAUUCACCUGUAAAAUAAUGAAUUAUGUACCAAAGACAGCAGGAUUAAUAUCUGGAGCCUUGUUAGUGAUAUUCAGUAUAGAUCGUUUACUAACCGUAUACAAACCGAUCAAAUUUCGUGGUGAUAUGUGCUUGUUAUUGCCACGUUUAUCAAUCAUCUUCGUUAUAUGUAUAUGUGUGCUAUUAUUUCUACCUCAAUUGAUAUAUUCCGAUUUAACCUAUAAUGAUAGUACUUCGUCAAUAGCUAAUCAUACAUGCCAGUAUGUGAAUUCUUCGCAUUUCGGUGUUCAGUACAGUUUGUAUUUAUCUAUUGUCGGUGGACAUAUUCUACCGACGAGUUGUAUAGCUAUAAUAAACUGUUUAAUUGUUCUCCGUCUACGUACACUAGCUAAAACUAGACAAUCAUUGCAUUGCAGUGGUAGUCAAAAUUUUCACAUCAAAACUACUGUCUACUCGAAUGGUAAUCAGCGUAAAGGUAGUGCGACAACAGUUACAAUCAAUAAAAUUGUUGAUAAUACGCCAAGAAAUAGUGUCAAUACGAUAAUUGCUGUUGCGAAUACUAAUGCUCCAUCAAAUUGUGUGAAUAGUUCAACACCACGUCAGUCGAUGAGUAGUACACGAAAUCAACAAGGCUAUUGUCAAAAUGCACAAAAUGAAGUGCGACGUAUUAUUGGUCAUUUGCUAGUCACAUAUGUCUUCUUAUUUUUCUCUAUACCACUUGUAGUUGUGAUUAUUCUACGACAGAAAUCAGAUUUUGAAAAUUAUGCUACAAUCUAUCCACUGUAUGCUAAACGUUUAGUACAUUUAUCAAAGUUGUUUAGUUCGUUCGAUGCAAUUAUUUAUUCAUGUCAUUUUCCAAUAUUUUUAAUCUAUUUACCAAAUUUUCGGUAUAUGUUCUACCUGUCUAUAUAUUCGUUACCAUUGUUGAAGAAUACAAAAUUCAGUGUAAAGCGUAUUGAACAAAUUGAAAUGAAUCUAUCGAAUCGGUUAAGAAGUCGAGUAAGACAAUCAAUUAAUCUUGAUGCCAAAGCUAUGGAGAAUAUGCUAUUAAAAAGAGCACAUAAUAGCUCUAUUGAUAAUACGGUAAAUAAACAUUGAUAUCUGGCAGACCACAGCACUCUGACGUAAAAAGGAUUCCAAACUACCCUUUCCAGUCAGUAGCAAAUGUAAUACUGCAUGUUUCCACCUAGAAACAGAAGAAAUCUGAAGAGGACGUUAACAAAGAUUUAACCGAAAGGCGCUCAACAAAGAAGGCAGAAAGCUCUCACUAUUUUGUCAAUUAUGAUAUUACUGCAAACGACGAAGGGUCGAAAAGCAUCAACCAAACCGAAUGAAUUAGAAGCACAAUGAGAACAAAUCCUUUUUUUACAGUUUCAAACUAUUCACUACAUUAUAAUGGAUUAAAACAAUCGAACCAGUUGGCGACAACUUUAAAUUAUGCAUCUUACUGUUAGUGCAUUAAAAAUAAUGUGAUCCGAUUUCAUUCUUCUUUCUUUUUUUUGUUUUUUCUGUUUUAUAUUCUAAUGAGAUUUAUGCAUUGAAAAAUUGUCUCGUUUUAGUUUUAAACUGAUAAUUUAAAGCAAAAAAAAGUAUUUUAUAUUACUACAGUACACUGUCUUUGUAAAUAAAUAUAUAUGUUUAUGUAUAAGUAGAACUUCUUUAAGGAACCUUG